GCCACGUGACAAGGAAGCGCCGCUUCACUGGGUACACGCACGCAGACGAAUCCAAUCCACCCCUCAUUGCGGUGUGACUGAGCGCGCAGAGAGACAGCGCGUCGAGCCAGCUCUCCCCGGGGGCAGCGGCUUUCUCGCGCGGCCCACCUAACGGCCGCUGCACGUGACUGCAGCCCUCGCGGAGCGGCUGCGCGAGCAAAAGGGGUUACGCGGACGGACCGGCGGCUACGACGACGCACACGCUCUGCCGCCGCCUUGCCUCUUUUUCGGCCCCCUCUUGCCGUGAUUCCUGAUCUCGCUGCCAUGGGCUGCUGCCGGUUCCCCCUUGGCUGGGUGCUGCUGCUGGCGGCUCUCGCCUCUUGCCUCGCCUCGCCCUCUGGAGUGAUCGCACAGGAGAAAGAUGCCUGUUCAAAAUAUGACAGCUGCAGUAGCUGUGUUAAUAACACUGAUACACUUCAAGCAAAUUGUACGUGGUUUGAGUGCACAGGAUCAACUAAAUCCUUCUGCACAAAUGCACCAACAAAUCUCAGUUGUCAGUCUGUUUCUAUUCCUGGAAAGUGUUUAGUUAAUCCGACCAGCGAAACCAAUAUUUCAACUAUCACAACGCAUGCUCCUACCAUAGUUACUCCGACUGGUAAAGCCAAUAUUUCAACAACCAGUAUACCUCCCACAAAGCAUGUUCCUACCACAGGUAACGCAACUACACCUCAUGGUAAUGCAACCUCACCUCACACAAUGACUACUACUAGUGCUACAAAACCCACAGCUGCUACUGCUACUACACCACCAGGCACAUCAUCUCCCAAGCCAUCUCCCCACAAAUCUACUUUUGAUGCUGCCAGUUUCAUUGGUGGUAUUGUCCUUGUGAUGGGUCUGCAAGCAGUAAUCUUCUUUCUGUAUAAAUUUUGCAAGUCCAAAGAUCAAAACUACCAUACUCUCUAGGAUAUGUUACUUAAGUGGACUAAUAGCUCAACAUCUGUGGUUAGCUGCACCAAAACAUCUUUAUUCUUUAUAGAAGACAGCAGUUUAAAUCCAUUCCUGAAGACUUUUAACAAAGAAAACAUUUCUGCAACAUGCUUGAAAGAAGGUUGUGUGAAUCAUGUCUUGCUCUGCAAGAACCUUUGUAAUAUUCUGCAUGAAUCCUCAUUGGCUGUCCUAAAUUUCUUUGUUGCUGCUGCUGUGAAUCCUUUCCUCUACCUGACUUGCCAAGUGUAGGCUUUAAUUAUAAUUGUAUUCUGUGGCAGCAGUAUUCUAGGUAGAUAAUCUGCGGUGGUUGUUAGCUAGGCUUAGAUGCAGUAUCCCCAAUACUAUUGAAAUGUGAACUAUCAGUGACCUGGCAUAAAACACUUUGUGUGAAAACUAUAGUUUUUUAUAGUGUACUGCUACAGAUUGUAGAAUGCUAUUUUUUUUAGGAAUUAUGGAAGCCUGUAUUUUUUUAUACCAGUUGAUGCCAGAAGGAUUAUGGCAUUCUAAGUUAAGUGUAAGCAGGCACAGGAAGAAUAAUGUUCAAAUGAUACAAUUUUCCUUGGUGCAAAGGGAGAAAAGACCAGUGCCUUAAUGAGCAGGCAGCAAACAAAUGUUUGUGCCAUCUUUCUUGUUUGAGGAUGCAGUGAAUCUCAUUUCACUUACGCAAACUUCCUUUAAUAGACACACAGAUGUGCUAUUCAAAUGCCCUUCUUACUUGUAGUGAAAGCAGAUAUGAAAAAACAACUGCUGAUGUCCAUAUUAAUGUUGCAUGUGCACAUGAUAGAAGAGGGGCAGUUUUCCCCAUCUCUCCAUGCCUCCCAAAAAUAUAUAUCCCUGAGGGUCAUGAAACCUUCAGAUAUUUUUGGGAAGUGCAGUGGGCUCCAAAGGAGGAGGUGGGUGAAACCCCCCCCCCCCGUAGUGCACACAAGCAGCAUUAAUCUAGAUGGCAGCUAUUGUUUCCAAUCUUCACUAUUUGUAUGCUGUUCCUAAAUCCAUGUCUUUAUAGCCUUCAAAUUACUUACCUUGAAGUACCAUUCACAUGUUCUGUAAUAAAGGGCAUUAGUUCCAUUUUAUAUCUUAGUCAUUACUGAUGGACAUGUCAAAACUACCAUAAUUCUGACUGGCCUUGUAAUGCAUUUGACAUGCUGAACCCUUAUAGCAAUACAGUUCUCCUCUGUUAGUUUCAUAAAACAUUGACAGUGUGACAAUAGUCACAGUAGAAGUGAGCAGACUAAGCAUAUUAAGCUGCUUAGCUAGUGAUAGUUGUAUGAUGAGCAUAGUUUAAAUGUUAAGACAUUACAUUUUAUAGGUUUACUGCCACAUCUUGCUCCUAGAACAAGUUCAGUGAAAUUUAUGGAGGAAAUGGUGCUUGCUUGAUAUUAAUUAUGACUGCAAUAUCUGGGUGUUUAUGGCAUUGUGGAAAAAUUGGUAUUAUUCUAGCUUGAAUUGUGUAUUCAUUCAAUAAUGUUGCAUAGGAAGCUUGUUCAUAAGAAUACUUAGCAAAUAGUACUGUAACCUGCAGGCAAAUGCACUCCUUAAAGAUAAUGGGCUCAGGUGUAUGAAACAGUAAACCAAUCAUCCAGUUUUCAGCAAACAUGUCUGAAGUGGAUGGUUCUUAACUGCCUUAAGAUAGUCACUUAAUCUAGUCCCCAUAUAUUGUAGUUUCAUAAACUUAGGCUUUGUAAGUAUAAAUUAAUGCGCUUCUAAAGGGUGCCAACUGUAUUUUUAAAAAUGCACACUUUCUACCCUUUAAGUAUGCUAGUAAUGAGACUUAAAAUGAGUUGGUUCCUUAAAGCUAUUUAGUGCUGCUUCCUUAUUGGUUUUUGAAUGGCUGUUAAUAUCGUGGCAGAAGGCUUCAAGGUAGUGCUACAAAGGAUUCCACAUUUGAAAUUUGAGCCAAUGUUGUUACUGAGCCUAGAAUUGCUGUUCAGAAUGCCACUCAGCAGUCAUGCAUUCUGUGCUGAUCUUAACAUUAUGAAUCCUGUUUAAAGUGCCUUAAAUUAGCCUCAUGUUGUUGAAGAAAUGUGGGGAAGGAACUUUCACUAGACAUGCCCCUUAGUGCCAGCAGUUACAAUUUUCCAAGGACUUCAGGAAAUUCAGGUGUCAUUGCUACUCUUCAGGAAGUUUGCAUUCUGUUUGGUUAGCGUGCAGCUAUGUAUUUAAUUUUUGGAUAAUUCUAGUGUGUUCAUGCAGAAGCAAAAAACUUGGUGUGUUAAACCAAGCUUUAUCACUUGCCAAACUGGCGCUGUGUGGGAUUGCUCUUAUGUUUGCUUAUCCUUAUCUCUUAUAUAUGGAUGAGUGAAAGUUAUAUUAGUUUCCAUAGCAUUCAUAGAUCCAUAGCCCUGAGGGAGAGGUGUGCUAGCUUCAGCAAUGAAGCCUAAAGCACGUCCACACUGCUUGUGGAAGAGUGGCUCCUCAGGUGUGCAUAAAUGCAGUUGCAGUGGUGACCCCAUCAUACCUCAUGGGAGUACUGUAGCAACUUCACUUACUCAGUUGCAGCGGGGGUAUGUGCUAGUCUUCAUUGCAGCAGUUAAUGCUCUUCUCUUAGAGCUAUGGAGAUCUGCAUGGUAUGGAAGACACUGUUGGUGGCUAUGCAUUUGCAAAUUAGCUAAAGCUAUGGACUUUUACAGCUUUUCUAUCUGCUGUUUAAAGUAUAGCACAGGGUGGUGGGGUGUGUUUAAACUAGUCUCUGUGGAAUAGCUGAUUGCCCACUCUAAUUUUAAAGCAGAAACUAUUAAUCUGUUAUCUGGAUUGUUUUGGUAAUUCACAUCUGCAAGUGUGUUGCAUCUGGAAUGUUAGACAUUAUUGUAUUGCAUAUGGGUUGUCUUCAGUGGAAGAAAUGCAAACUACUUAUAAUCACAAAAUCAAAAUAAAUCUCUUCCUAAAAGGUU